AUGUCCAAGCCUACAGCCAAGCGGGGGGAAACAGCGGAGUCCCCGAGUUCGGAACCUCGUCGGAACGAGAACCCGAGUCCUGGAACACCAAAGACUCCCGAGAGACGGCAACAUCUGAAGUCGAAAACGCAGAGAACCGAAGAGACUCCAGCCGCCGCCUUCGAAAUUGCACACGAAUGUCAGCCGUGCAAGGCCAGCUUGAGGAAGAUGCCAGAAUCGAAGCAAGAAAGCGUCACCAUGGUGAGCCGGGAAGUGAAUCAAGAUCAGGAUGAACGGAGUGAAGUCGCCGAAAAACAGCGACUCGCUGAAGCACAGCGUCCUCUAGCUGAAGAGCCGUGGCCUGCUGAAGGACAGCGUCCAGUUGAAGAACAAAGCCCUCUAGUUAAAGGACAACGUCCAGCUGAAGUUAAAGAAGAGAGUUCAGCUGAUGAACAGCGUUCAGCUAAAGAACAGCAGUCAGCUGAUGAAAAGCGUCCUCUAGCUAGAAAACAGUGCCCAGCUGAAGAACAACGUCCAGCUGAUGAACAGUGGCCCGCUGAAGAGCAGCUUCCAGCUGAAGAGAAACGUCCAGAUAAAGACCAACGUCCAGCUGAUGAACAGCGACUCGCUGAAGAACAGCGUCCUCUGGCUGAAGAGCAGUGGCCUGGAGAAGGAAAGCGUCCAGUUAAAGAACAGAGCCCUCUGGUUAAAAGACAACGUCCAGCUAACGUUAAAGAACAGAGUUCAGCUGAUGAACAGCGCUCAGCUGAUGAACAGCGUUCAGCUAAAGAACAGCAGUCAGCUGAUAAAAAGCGUCCUCUAGCUAGAAAACAGUGUCCACCUAAAGACCAGCGUCCAGCUGAUGAACAGUGGCCCGCUGAAGAGCAGCUUCCAGCUGAAGAGAAACGUCCAGAUAAAGAGCAACGUCCAGCUGAUGAACAGCGACUCGCUAAAGAACAGCGUCCUCUAGCUGAAGAGCAGUGGCCUGCUGAAGGACAGCGUCCAGUUAAAGAACAAAGCCUUCCAGUUGAAAGACAACGUCCAGUUAAAGUUAAAGAACAGAAUUCAGCUGAUGAACAGCGCUCAGCUGGUGAACAGCGUUCAGCUAAAGAACAGCAGUCUGCUGUUAAAAAGCGUCCUCUAGCUAGAAAACAGCGUCCAGCUAAAGAACAGCGUCCAGCUGAUGAACAGUGGCCCGCUGAAGAGCAGCUUCCAGCUGAAGAGAAACGUCCAGAUAAAGAGCAACGUCCAGCUGAUGAACAGCGACUCGCUGAAGAACAGCGUCCUCUAGCUGAAGAGCAGUGGCCUACUGAAGGACAGCGUCCACAUCCUCUGGCUAGAAAACAGCGCCCAGCUAAAGAACAACGUCAAGCUGAUGAACAGUGGCCCGCUGAAGAGCAGCUUCCAGCUGAAGAGCAACGUCCAGAUAAAGAGCAACGUCCAGCUGAUGAACAGCGACUCGCUGAAGAACAGCGUUCUCUAGCUGAAGAGCAGUGGCCUGCUGAAGGACAGCGUCCAGUUAAAGAACAGAGCCCUCUAGUUAGAAGACGUCCAGCUAAGCUAGAAAGCAGUGCCCAGCUAAACAACAACGUCCAGCUGGUGAACAGUGGCCCGUUGAAGAGCAGCGUUCAGCUGAAGAGCAACGCCCAGCUGAAGAGCAACGUCCAGCUGAAGAGCAACACCCAGCUGAAGAGCAACGUCCAGCUGAAGAGCAACGUCCAGCUGAUGAACAGUGGCCCGUCGAAGAGCAGCGUCCGGCACAAUCCAAUGUUGUAA